GUUCCUUCAAAAGACCAAGGUCUGCUUCGUCUCUGGUCUCAAUAUCAGCUUCUGAAAUGUCACAUCCCCACAGCCCAUCCCCUGUGCCCAUAAAGCGCAGGUGCAGCUCAAAAGUAGCUGGUUCAUGUAACCAAGGAGAGUUUCCAAAGCGGCCAGCGAGUGAGACGGAAAUCCAAUUCCACACUCAUCAGAGAGAGGGAAUCCAGAUCUGUGACCACUUUCUUUUGGGGAAUUGCCCUCAUGGGUCUAUCUGUGAGCUCCACCACACUCGCUAUCCCUACCACUGGCAAAUAAAGUGGAAGGAUAGCCAGGUCUGGCAGAGUGUGAAUGACUCGGCUCAGCGACAUCUGGAGAAGCUAUACAGUGACAUUGGGAGAGUGCAUGUUAAACUGAUUGACAAGAAGGCAUUGUCUGGGAAAGUCAACUUGAAUACAUUGAAAAUAGGUCACCAUGGGCCUUUCAGUAAUAUACGGCGGCUGUCCAACACCAGUCAUCCUGAGCAGAACUCCUACUUCCCCACUGAGUGGACAGUAUACUGGGAGGAUGGCAGCAUCUGGAAGAAAUACGAGGGGCCCCUCUCGCAUGAUUUCCUUGCUGCCUUUGAAGACUGCACACAAGAGCAUGUCUUUCAGCUGCGAGGUCACCUCUACACCAUGGACUUCAAGCAGAGUCUAAUAUACAACCAUAAUACAGGAAACAGCCACACUAUCCAGCUCCGGCCCACUUAUCGCUCACUCCUCCAGAUGUUGCCACAGCUGUGGACAAUUCCAAGCAGCCCCUCAGAAAUGCAUUAUCCUCCCACUUCUAACAUCCUUGGAGAAGAUCCUACAGAUGGUUACAAUGGCCCAUAUCCUGCCUACUGGAUCAAGCGUCCAGAAGGCAGUGUCCCAUUUGUGCAGGAGGAGGUGUUGCCAUCAGAAGCAGCAUACCAAACCAUUUACACCCUCUUCCACAAGUCUCUCUCAGAGGACAAAGUUCUUCUGCUCUCAGUUCACAGGAUCCGGAAUGACUUUCUCUGGCAAAAAUACUGCAGCCAGAAGGAUUUAAUGUCACAGAGCCUCUCAGCAGAGGAGAAACUGAGGCUAGAGAAGCACCUCUUCCACAGCACCUCAGCCAAACGCCUGGGGUUCACCUGCCAGAUAAAGUUUGACACUCACCUCUCAGGAUCACAUAUGUAUGGCAGAGGUUGCUAUUUCAGUGUGAACGCAGACCAGGCUGACCGCUAUUCCCAGGCAGGGAAGGGUGGGCUGCGCCACAUGUUCUUGGCCAAAGUAUUGGUUGGCAAAUGUACACGCGGGAAAAAGCAUUAUUGGCAGCCUCCACAAAUACAGUCUGGUAGGGAAUGCUUUGACUCAUGUGUGGAUAAUUUGACCAGUCCAAAUAUUUAUGUGAUCUUCAAUAGCUACCAGUGCUAUCCAUACUUCCUGAUCAGCUACAAACUCUUAUCUGACCCUGUGGUGCUAGAUGAUUGAUGGACAGCUCUAGGAAGAGGGGCAGUUAAUGUUCACUAUGAAUAUGAAGCUUCACUGAUGAGGACACCCAACACUUCCCAGGAGCAGCACACCAUCCUUUCCAUCCCCCACACCCCAUCUCCUUCCUGCCAUGAUCCCUACAGAAUGUUCUACAACCUGUCUCAUGGGGAUGCACAGAGAGUGCUAGGUAAGAACAUGUCUAAAAG